GCGAGGAGGCCGGGCCCUUGGGGCGAGAGGGAGGGUCAGGAGCGCCCCCUCCCCCCACAUCCCCCCUCCCCUCGGGGUCGGGGGGGCCGAGCGGAGCGCGCCCAGCCCGGGAGGUGGAUGAAUGUGGGAGAAAAUGGAGACCAAGACGAUCGUGUACGACCUGGACACGUCGGGGGGGCUGAUGGAGCAAAUCCAAGCCCUGCUGGCCCCCCCCAAGAGCGAGGAAGGGGAGAAGAGGAGCCGCAAGCCCGAGAAGGAGCCGCGCCGGAGCGGCCGGGCCACCAACCACGACAGCUGCGAUAGCUGCAAGGAGGGCGGGGACCUGCUCUGCUGCGACCACUGCCCGGCCGCCUUCCACCUCCAGUGCUGUAACCCUCCACUGAGUGAAGAGAUGUUGCCUCCUGGGGAGUGGAUGUGUCAUCGGUGCACUGUUCGACGAAAGAAGCGAGAACAGAAGAAAGAACUGGGCCAGGUCAAUGGGCUGGUGGACAAAUCUGGCAAACGAACCACCUCCCCCAGCAGCGAUACAGACCUGUUGGACAGAUCAGCUGGUAAAACAGACCUCAAAGCCAUCGCCCAGGCUCGGAUCCUGGAGCGGAGGGCGAGCCGGCCUGGCACGCCCACAUCCAGUGCUAGCACAGAGACACCCACCUCCGACCAGAACGAUGUGGAUGAGGACACCAUCGAUGUGGAUGACGAGCCAGCAGCAGCCGAGUCGGACUGUGGGCAGCCCCAGCUGAAGCGACCCUUUGAGCUGCUCAUCGCUGCGGCCAUGGAGCGAAACCCAACCCAGUUCCAGCUGCCCAAUGAACUGACCUGCACCACUGCACUCCCAGGUACUAGCAAGAGGAGGAGAAAAGAGGAAACCACUGGGAAAAAUGUCAAGAAAACCCAGCAUGAGUUAGAUCACAACGGUCUGGUUCCCUUACCAGUCAAAGUCUGCUUCACUUGUAACAGGAGCUGUCGUGUGGCACCUCUCAUCCAGUGUGAUUACUGUCCCCUCCUGUUCCACAUGGACUGCCUCGAACCACCACUCACUGCCAUGCCCCUGGGUAGAUGGAUGUGUCCAAAUCACAUAGAACAUGUGGUGCUGAACCAGAAGAACAUGACCUUGAGCAACCGGUGCCAGGUGUUUGACCGAUUCCAGGACACCAUCUCCCAGCACGUGGUCAAAGUGGACUUCCUGAACCGCAUCCACAAGAAACACCCCCCUAACCGCCGGGUGCUUCAGGCCGUCAAGAGAAGAAGCUUGAAGGUUCCUGAUGCUAUAAAAUCCCAGUACCGGUUUCCACCUCCACUGCUUGCACCUGCGGCCAUCCGGGACGGGGAGCUGAUCUGCAACGGGGCCCCCGAGGAGUCGCAGAAGCACCUUUUGAACCCUGAGCACUCAGCUAGCCAGGCAGAGCAACAGGAGUGGCUCUGUAGUGUUGUUGCACUCCAGUGCAGCAUAUUGAAACAUUUAUCUGCUAAGCAGAUACCCUUGCAUUGGGACUCUGAACAGACAGAGAAGGCUGAUAUUAAGCCUGUUAUUGUGGCUGACGGCUCAAUCACCACCUCUCUGCAGGCAGCUGACAAGGCACCCACACCGUCCCUUUACCCAAUGUCUUGCCCCUCUGGGAUGACCACUCAGAACUCCCUGAGCUCAUCUCCACCCCAGCAGCUCCCAGCCCCUGAGGACGUCAACUGCAGCUCUUGUAUGGACAAAUCCAAGAAAGUGGUGGCCUGUGGGACCUCUAAUGGGCCAACAGGCACGGAGGUGAAAGCCAAUGGGCCUCACCUUUACGGUAUCCCCCCAGAUCCCCCAGACCCCCGGCGUCUCCAAAGUUCUGGGACCAUUCUCCCAGUAGUUUCCCACCGGCAAUCAUGGCCCCGGCCCCUCACACCACCAGCGGCUGGGGGCCUUCAGAAUCACACUGUCGGUAUUAUCGUGAAGACGGAGAACACCACCGGCCCUGUCUCAUGUACCCAGAGGAGCUUGGCACCUACCCCAAGCCUGCCACCUUCCAUUCCCAGUUCUUGUGCCAGCCUAGAGACCACCAGCACUUUGCAAAGAAAGAAUGUUCAGACACAGAUAGGACCCCCCCUGGCAGAUUCGAGGCCGCUCGGCUCACCCCCAAAUGCUACUCGGGUGCUCACUCCCCCCCAGGCAGCAGGAGAUGGCAUAUCGGCAGUGGGAGCCAACCAGCGAUUCUGCUCACCAGCGCCCUCUUCAGAUGGCAAGGUCAGCCCUGGCACGUUAUCCAUAGGAAGCGCUUUAACUGUACCUCCUUUCCCAGCCAACUCGACUGCUAUGGUCGAUCUCACCAAUUCUCUUCGAGCAUUAAUGGACGUCAAUGGAGAGAUUGAGAUAAAUAUGCUGGAUGAGAAGCUGAUCAAGUUCCUGGCCUUGCAGAGAAUACAUCAGCUUUUCCCUUCCCGAGUCCAGGCUGUGGUUGGCAGUGUUGGCACUCAUUCACUGGCCCCUGGGGGGCACCAUACAGAAGGACACAGAAAGGAGGUGCAAGCCCGAGCUGUAUUCUACCCCCUCAUGGGUUUGGGAGGAGCUGUGAACAUGUGUUAUCGAACCCUGUACAUCGGAACGGGAGCUGACAUGGACGUGUGCCUUACAAACUAUGGUCACUGUAACUACGUGUCUGGGAAGCAUGCCUGCAUCUUCUAUGAUGAGAACACCAAGCAUUACGAGCUGUUGAACUACAGUGAGCACGGCACAACGGUGGACAACGUGUUGUACUCGUGUGACUUCUCAGAGAAGACGCCCCCCACUCCCCCCAGCAGUAUUGUUGCCAAAGUGCAAAGCAUCAUCAAGCGCAGAAGGAGCCGGAAACAGGAAGAGGAGCCCACAGAAGAGGCGGCUAUGAUGAGCUCCCAGGCCCAGGGGCAGCCCCGGCGGCCAUGUAACUGCAAAGCCAGCAGCUCCAGCUUGAUCGGAGGCAGUGGGGCCGGCUGGGAGGGCACGGCCUUGCUGCACCACGGCAGCUAUAUCAAGCUGGGCUGCCUACAGUUUGUCUUCAGCGUCACAGAGUUCGCAACCAAACCACCCAAAGGGGAUGCUGCCCUCCUUCCAGACGGGGGCCUGGCCGAGAAGCUCUCCCUCAAGCCUCCCCAGGGCCCUGUGCUGCGCUCCAACUCGGUGCCCUAGGUCCGGGCGCAGGCUGGCGCUGGCGGCCCCUCCUGCGCACCUCCACCCUGAGACUCCUCCAAUGCAAAAAUGUACAAAACCAAGCCCGGGCUUUUUCUAUCCUCCACCAGAAACUGUUCAACUACAACCUUUGCAUGAAAUGAAGAAAACCUUUUGACUCUUUUUUUAUCCUUUUUCUUCUUUCUCAAGUUCUAGGGGGCAUUUGCACAUAUAUUUGUACUCGACAUUUCAUGGGAAUGGGGCAGACCGGAGCUCGAAGGAGCUUUGGGGAGGGGCGGCCGAGGACCUGGACCUUCCUCCGAAGCAGAAAUCAAGACGGACCCUGCCCCGGCUCCCUCCCCACCCCACCCACCCGCCCACCGUUGUAAAAUAAUCAGAAACUUGUUCUAUUUUGUGGCAGUGACAAUAGUUUUAUAUUAAAAGAAAAAAAUACAGUUUUCAUACAGCAAAAUCUAUACAAUAUCAUUGUUUUAUUUAAUAUAAAGAUCGCUACCCACUCCCCUCCCAUGGCUCCCCUUCCCCCUGCUGCGGUUGCACUACAGGUGGCCUACUGUGUGUUGUGGACAAAUGGAAGAUCUAACUCUUUUCUGGCUGUCCAUCCUGUUGUAUUGCAAAUAAGGAAAGCGCUAUUGGGUUCUGUGUAAAUACACCCAGGGAUGGCCGUUUUUUCAAUGUUUUUAAAGCUGUGUACAGUACAUGUGGUAGGACGUUUUCUUAAUUGUCUAUUGUAGCAAAAACGUUUUGUCGUAAACCUGGUUUUGUCUCCUUUUUUGUUCUCUUGCCACUUCUCCCCUCAACCCUGCUCCCUUCACGGCUAGUACCAAUGUACAUAGUAAUUGUAAUGUUUUAGACUGGACAAAAACUUUCCUGUAUUCUGUAUAUAAAAAACCAAAAAGACUUCAAAUCAUGUUUUCU